AUGACUGCUGUGGCGUCUCCACCAAGUGUGCAAUCUGGGCCUCGUUUGGGGUGGCAUCCUGCCGUUGAUGGUGGACAAGGAACGCUUACCCCUUCGAACUCAGACGAAGGACUACGAAUGUUUAUGCCUAGGAAAAGUGUCCAACGAGCAAACUCUUCAUCGUCACUGAAUUCAAACUCGUCUUCAACAUCUACUAUAAUCGCGAAUUCGCAACACAGUAAUGCUAACCACGCAUCCAACGAGUCGGGAUCCGCGGCAUCCAAGAAAAAGCCAUACAAAUAUAGUUGGUCUAACUCGAAGGCUGAACCAGUGUCCGGGGUGACGAAUGCAAGAUCUCAACCUGUGUCCAUAACACCGUCUGGGACCUCUGCGUCAUCCGCUAUGUCUGCUCUUCAUCAACCGACCCCAGUUGCCCCGUCUCAACAUGCGAUCCAAAACCAGCAACAAAAUGGCAGCCGACUCACCAAUGGGGCCUUACCCAGUGACCCUCCGGCGAUCCUGACGUUAUUGCCAGUAAAUGGGACAUUUGAAAGAAAGCAGAUAACGGUUCCCUAUUUCCCUGAAGUACUCCGUGUUGGAAGACAAACUAACGCGAAAACGGUUCCCACGCCGGUGAAUGGUUAUUUUGAUUCAAAAGUGCUCUCACGACAGCAUGCAGAAGUUUGGGCUGACCGGGCGGGGAAAAUUUGGAUAAGAGAUGUGAAAUCAUCCAAUGGAACGUUCGUCAAUGGGCAACGUUUAUCUCCGGAGAAUCGCGAUUCCGAACCACACGAACUUCGAGAACAUGACACGCUUGAGCUUGGGAUUGAUAUUGUGAGUGAAGACCAGAAAUCUAUUGUCCACCAUAAAGUUUCGGCGAAAGUAGAGCAUGCUGGAAUUUAUGGCCCGAAUAUGAACAUCUUGGAUUUGAGCUUUGGCGACAUUGACCCGACUGCUGGCGGUGGGCUUCUUCCUUCACAUCUCAGCCUACCUCUUUCGCACAUGCGUGGCAGACCUGGGAGCGCUGCUUCUGUUGGUAGUAAUCGCAGCAACCAAAGCGCGGCUGGAAAUCAUGUGGGCAUUUUACACCAACAGCGACAAAUGAACUACUGGCUCUCCCCCAUCUCUAUCGAGCAGGUGGUGAAACGGCUAUCGUCUGAGAUGAAACAAGCAAAACAACAGGGCUCACGAUCUCAACCAAACCAACAACUUUCUAAGUCAUUUGCAAAUCGGGAAUCAAGCCAGAUACUAUCACUUAUAGAAGCGUUGGCGUCAGCUAAGAAAGACCUUGAUGCACAGGGUGCUCGAGUUAAAGAGCUAGAAAAUCUACUCUUGACGGAGCGUGCAGCCAGAGAACAGGCUGAGGAACGAGCACGAAACCUUGAGGGAAGUGUCUCUGAACAGAAAGCAGAUUCGGAAGUAGUGGCAGUCUGUGAACCGCACUCUACAUCAGAGAACGGCACAACUGUAGUAGUUGAAGAGAUAUCUCUUGUUGAACCUUCAGAACCGGAAGAGUCAAACCUAUCUUCUGAUUCGAUCCUGCCUCAGCAGAGCAAGACGUCGUCUGAUGCAAUUUCUCAGCAGCUCCAACAGCGCCUCGAUAGCAUGAUUGCUGAAAUGGACGAAAUGAGGAAACAAGUCGCCAAGUAUAAACAGUCUGCGGAGAAAGCUGAAAACGAGGCUUUUGAGAGCCGCAAAUCCCUUGGUGAAAUGAUCGAACAGAUUCGAAGGACCCAAACUGAAACCUCCGCUAGUUCAUCAUCGGAAGCCAUCAAAAUCGGUUUGGAUGAUUCUCACACUGAAUGUGAUACUCUGGAUGAUAUCUUGAACGAGAGGCUGGCUCAGCAAAGGUCCACAAAACACUAG